CGCUCAGUUCUUCCAGCCUCCUGCAAGGAUUGCAAGAGGAGUCAGCCUCCUCUGUUUGCUGGAGUCCCCUCUGCUUGGGGGAGAGAGGCUGCAGAAAAAAAAAGGAGACUCAGUGAGGGAGGAAAAUAUGCAUCCUGGCCAAACAUAAUUGAAUCUAGAAGCCCAGGGAUACACAUCUUCAGGUUUUCUCAGGGUUCACACUUGGUGCUUAGACAAAUUCAAAAUGAGGAAACAUCGACAUUUGCCCUUAGUGGUCAUCUUUUGCCUCUUUCUCUCAGGCUUUCCCACGACUUAUGCCCAACAACAACAAGCAGAUGUCAAAAAUGGUGCCGCUGCUGAUAUAAUAUUUCUAGUGGAUGCCUCUUGGAGCAUUGGAAAGGAACAUUUCCAACUUGUUCGAGAGUUUCUGUAUGAUGUUAUAGAAUCUUUAGCUGUGGGAGAAAAUGAUUUCCAUUUUGCUCUGGUCCAGUUCAACGGAAACCCACAUACCGAGUUCCUGUUACAUACGUACCACACUACACAAGAAGUCCUUUCCCAUGUUUCCAACAUGUCCUAUAUUGGGGGAAGCAAUCAGACUGGAAAAGGAUUAGAAUACGUAAUUCAGAGCCACCUCACUAAGGCUGCUGGAAGCCGGGUCAGUGACGGAGUCCCUCAGGUUAUUGUAGUGUUAACCGGCGGACGCUCGGGGGACGGCCUGGCUCUGCCCUCUGCACAACUUCAGUCUGCUGACGUUAACGUGUUUGCAAUUGGAGUUGAGGAUGCAGAUGAAGGAUCGUUAAAAGAAAUAGCAAGUGAACCAUUCAAUAUGCAUGUUUUCAACAUAGAGAACUUUACCUCACUUCAUGACAUAGUAGGAAACUUAGUGUCCUGUGUGCACUCCUCCGUGAGGCCAGAGAGGGCUGGGGACACGGAAACCAUUAAAGACAUCACAGCACAAGACUCUGCUGACAUUAUUUUCCUUAUUGAUGGAUCAAACAACACCGGAAGUGUCCAUUUUGCUGUCAUUCGAGACUUCCUUGUAAAUCUCCUUGAGAGACUCUCAGUUGGAACUCAGCAGAUCCGAGUGGGGGUGGUCCAGUAUAGCGAGGAGCCCAGAACCAUGUUCUCCUUGGACAGCUACCCCUCUAAGGCCCAGGUUCUGAAUGCAGUGAAGGCCCUCGGGUUUGCUGGGGGGGAACUGGCCAACAUCGGCCUGGCCCUUGACUUUGUGGUGGAGAAUCACUUUGUGCGGGCAGGGGGCAGCCGUGUGGAGGAAGGGGUUCCCCAGGUGCUGGUCCUCAUAAGUGCUGGGCCUUCCAGUGAUGAGAUUCAGGACGGGGUGGUAGCUCUGAAGCAGGCAAGUGUGUUCUCAUUCUGCCUCGGAGCCCAGGCUGCCUCCAGGGCAGAGCUUCAGCACAUAGCUACAGAUGACAGCUUGGUGUUUACUGUCCCCGAAUUCCGUAGCUUUGGGGACCUCCAGGAGCAAUUACUGCCGUACAUUGUUGGCGUGGCCCAAGGGCACAUUGUCUUGCAACCGCCAACCAUUGUCACACAAGUCAUCGAAGUGAACAAGAGGGACAUAGUCUUCCUGAUGGAUGGCUCAUCCAACAUGGGGCUAGCCAACUUCAAUGCCAUCCGAGACUUCAUCGCCAGAGUCAUCCAGAGGCUGGAAAUCGGACAAGACCUCAUCCAGGUGUCGGUGGCUCAGUACGCAGACACUGUCAAGCCUGAGUUUUAUUUCAAUAGCUACCCUGGCAAAAGGGAAGUCAUAAGCGCUGUGCGGAGGAUGAAGCCCCUGGAAGGCUCAGCCCUAUACACGGGCUCUGCACUAGACUUUGUUCGUGACAAACUGUUCGUUAGCUCAGCUGGCUACAGGGCUGCCGAAGGGGUUCCUAAGAUCCUGGUGCUGGUCACAGGUGGUAAGUCCCUAGAUGAGAUCAGCCAGCCUGCCCAGGAGCUGAAGACAAGCAGCAUUAUGGCCUUUGCCAUUGGGAACAAGGCUGCUGAUGAGGCGGAGCUGGAAGAGAUCGCUUUCGACAGAUCCCUGGUGUUCAUCGCCCCUGAGUUCCGCGCCGUCCCUUUGCAAAGCAUGCUGCCCAGCCUGCUGGCACCUCUCAGAACCCUCUCCGGAACCACUGAAGUUCACGUAAACAAAAGGGAUAUCAUCUUCCUUUUGGAUGGAUCGGUCAACGUUGGAAAAACCAAUUUCCCUUAUGUGCGUGACUUUGUAAUGAACCUAGUUAACAGCCUUGAUGUUGGAAGUCAAAAUAUUCGUAUUGGUUUAGUGCAAUUUAGUGACACUCCGGUGACGGAGUUCUCUCUAGACACUUACCAGAGCAAGGCAGAGCUGCUCGCUCACCUGAGCCGGUUGCAGCUCAGGGGGGGCUCGGGCCUGAACACGGGCGCGGCCCUGAGCUACGUCCACGCCAACCACUUCACCGAGGCUGGUGGCAGCCGGAUCCGUGAGAACGUGCCGCAGCUGCUGCUCCUGCUCACCGCAGGGCGGUCUGAGGACGCCUAUUUGCAAGCUGCCAACGCCCUGGCACGCGAGGGCGUGCUGACCUUUUGUGUGGGGGCCAGCCAGGCGGAUAAGGCAGAGCUUGAGCAGAUGGCUUUUAACCCCAGCCUGGUGUAUCUCAUGGAUGAUUUCAGCUCCCUGCCGGCUUUGCCUCAGCAGCUGAUUCAGCCCCUAACCACAUAUGUUAGUGGAGGUGUGCAGGAAGUUCCACUCGCCCAGCCAGAGAGCAAGCGAGACAUUCUGUUCCUCUUUGAUGGCUCAGCCAACAUUGUGGGCCAAUUCCCUGCUGUCCGUGACUUUCUCUACAAGAUCAUUGAUGAGCUCAAUGUGAAGCCAGAUGGGACCAGGGUGGCAGUAGCUCAGUACAGUGAUGACGUUAAGGUAGAGUCCCGCUUCAACGAGCAUCCAAGUAAGGCUGAGAUUCUGAGUCUUGUGAAGAAGAUGAAGAUCAAGACGGGCAAAGCCCUUAACCUCGGCUAUGCCCUGGACUACGCACAGAAGUACAUCUUUGUGAAGUCUGCGGGCAGCCGCCUCGAGGACGGAGUGCUUCAGUUCCUGGUACUGCUGGUUGCCGGAAGGUCAUCUGAUGCUGUGGACGGACCAGCAAGUACCCUGAAACAGAGUGGGGUGGUGCCUUUCAUUUUCCAAGCCAAGAACGCUGACCCUGCUGAGCUGGACCAGAUUGUACCGUCCCCUGCUUUCAUCCUGACUGCAGAGUCGCUCCCCAAGAUUGGGGAUCUCCAGCCACAGAUUGUGAACCUCUUGAAAUCAGUGAGCAAUGGAGCCCCAGCCCCAGUUUCAGGUGAAAAAGAUGUGGUGUUUCUGAUCGAUGGCUCUGAGGGUGUCAGGAGCGGCUUCCCCCUGCUGAAAGACUUUAUGCAGAGAGUGGUGGAGAGCUUGGAUGUGAGCCCCGACCGUGUCCGUGUAGCUGUGGUGCAGUAUAGUGACCGGACCAGGCCUGAGUUCUACCUGAAUUCCCACAUGGACCAGCAGGGUGUCAUCAAUGCCAUCCGGAAGCUGACCUUCCUGGGGGGACCGAUCCCCAACACGGGGGCUGCCCUGGACUUUGUCCUAAGGAACAUCUUGACCAGCUCUACUGGAAGCAGGAUGGCAGAGGGCGUCCCCCAGCUCCUGAUCGUGCUCACGGCUGAGCGGUCUGGGGAUGACGUGAGGGGCCCUUCUGUGAUCCUGAAGAGGGGUGGGGCAGUGCCCAUAGGCAUCGGUAUUGGGAAUGCCGACAUCUCAGAGAUGCAGACCAUUUCCUUCAUCCCAGACUUUGCCGUGGCCAUCCCCACCUUCCAUGAGCUGGGGACUGUCCAGCAGGUCAUCUCUGAGCGGGUGACCCACCUCAGCCGUGAGGAACUGAGCAGGUUGAAGCCAAUUUUUCUGCCCCCAUCAAGCCCAGGUGUUGGUGGUAAGAAGGAUGUGGUCUUUCUCAUUGAUGGAUCCCAAAAUGCUAGCCCUGAGUUCCAGUACAUCCGCUUGUUGAUCGAGAGGAUGGUCGAUUACCUGGAUGUGGGCUUUGACACCACUCGGGUGGCGGUGAUCCAGUUCAGUGAGGACCCCAAGGUGGAGUUUCCACUGAAUGCUCACUCUAGCAAGGAUGAAGUACUGAGCGCUGUGAGGCGGCUGCGGCCCAAAGGCGGGAGGCAGAUCAACAUUGGAGGUGCCCUGGAAUACGUGCUGAAGAAUAUCUUCAGGAGGCCUCUGGGCAGCCGGAUAGAGGAGGGUGUUCCACAGUUCCUGAUCCUCAUCUCAUCUGGGAAGUCCCAUGAUCAGGUGGAUGACUCAGCUGUGGAGCUUAAGCAGUUUGGGGUGGCCCCUUUCGCCAUAGCCAGGCACACAGACCAGGAGGAGCUGGUGAAGAUCUCCCUGAGCCCUGAGUACGUGUUCUCGGUGAGCACCUUCAGGGAGCUGCCCACCCUGGAGCAGAAACUGCUGACUCCCAUCACCACCCUGACGGCCGAACAGAUCCAGCAGAUCCUGGCGAGCACGCGCUAUCCUCCCCCAGCUGUCGAGAGUGACGCUGCUGACAUCGUCUUUCUAAUCGACAGCUCUGACGGCAUUAGGCCCGAUGGCAUCGCUCAUAUCAGAGACUUUGUUAGCAGGAUCGUCCAAAGACUCAACAUUGGCCCCAACAGAGUGAGGACUGGCGUUGUACAGUUCAGCAAUGAGGCCUUCCCAGAAUUCUAUUUGAAGACCUACAAAUCCCAGGCCUCGGUGCUCGACGCCAUACGGCGCUUGAGGUUCAAGGGAGGUUCUCCACGGAACACUGGAAAAGCUCUGGAGUUUGUGGCAAGAAACCUCUUUGUGAAGUCUGCUGGGAGUCGGAUAGAAGAUGGGGUGCCCCAACACCUCGUACUGUUUCUGGGUGGAAAAUCCCAGGAUGACAUUUCCAGGAUCUCUCAGGUCCUAAGCUCUUCUAGGAUUGCGAGUUUGGGAAUAGGAGACAGAAACACUGACAGGGUGGAGCUGCAGACCAUCACUAACAACCCCAGCUUGGUCUUCCCCGUGAGAGAGUUCACAGAGUUGCCCAACAUAGAAGACAGGGUCAUGAGCUCAUUUGGACCCUCUGGGGCUACACCUGCACCUCUAGGAGUGGACACACCUUCUCCUUCAAGGCCAGAGAAGAAGAAGGCAGAUAUUGUGUUCCUGUUGGAUGGGUCCAUCAAUUUCAGAAGGGACAGCUUCCAGGAAGUGCUCCGUUUUGCGUCUGAAAUUGUGGACACAGUUUAUGAAGAGGGUGACUCCAUCCAAGUGGGGCUGGUCCAGUACAACUCUGACCCCACAGAUGAAUUCUUCCUGAAGGACUUCUCCACCAAGAGGCAGAUUAUUGAUGCCAUCAACAAAGUGGUCUACAAAGGGGGUCGACACGCCAACACCAGGGUGGGCAUGGAGCACCUGCGGCUCAAUCACUUCGUGCCUGAGGCUGGCAGCCGACUGGAUCAGAGGGUUCCUCAGAUUGCCUUUGUGAUCACAGGAGGAAAGUCAGUGGAGGAUGCCCAGGAUGCGAGCCUGGCACUCACUCAGAGAGGUGUCAAGGUGUUCGCGGUGGGUGUGAGGAACAUUGACUCAGAAGAGGUCGGAAAGAUGGCAUCCAACAGUGCCACAGCAUUCCGGGUAGGGAACGUCCAGGAGCUGUCAGAACUGAGCGAGCAAGUUUUGGAAACACUACAUGACGCUAUGCACGAAACCCUAUGUCCUGGUGUGACCGAUGUUUCCAAAGCCUGUAACCUGGAUGUGAUUCUGGGGUUCGAUGGAUCCAGAGAUCAGAAUGUAUUUGUGGCCCAGAAGGGCCUCGAGUCCAAGGUGGACACCAUCUUGAACAGAAUCAGCCAGAUGCAGAGAAUCAGCUGCAGUGGCAGCCAGCUGCCCGUCGUUCGGGUGUCGGUGGUGGCCAACACACCCUCAGGCCCGGUGGAGGCCUUUGACUUUGCUGAGUACCAGCCGGAGCUGUUUGAGAAGUUCCAGAACAUGCAGAAUCAGCACCCGUACAUCCUUACGGCCGACACGCUGAAGGUCUAUCAGAACAAGUUCCGGCAGGCCUCACCCGAAAACGUGAAGGUGGUCAUUCAUUUUACCGAUGGAGUGGAUGGAGACCUGGCUGACUUACACAGAGCUUCUGAGGAGCUCCGACAAGAAGGUGUCCAGGCCUUGAUCCUGGUGGGUCUUGAACGUGUAGCCAACCUGGAGCUGCUGUCACAGCUGGAAUUUGGGCGGGGAUUCAUGUAUGACAGGCCCCUGCGGCUCAACUUGCUGGACUUAGAUUACGAACUUGCAGAGCAGCUUGACAACAUUGCUGAGAAAGCUUGCUGUGGGGUUCCCUGCAAAUGCUCAGGAGAAAGGGGAGACCGAGGACCCAUUGGCAGCAUUGGACCGAAGGGCAUUGCCGGGGAAGAUGGCUACCGAGGCUACCCUGGUGACGAGGGCGGACCAGGUGAGCGAGGUCCUCCUGGUGUGAACGGCACUCAAGGCUUCCAGGGCUGCCCAGGCCAGAGAGGAGUCAAGGGUUCGCGAGGAUUCCCAGGAGAGAAGGGCGAAUUAGGAGAAAUCGGGCUGGAUGGUCUUGAUGGAGAAGAUGGAGACAAAGGGUUGCCGGGUUCUUCUGGAGAGAAAGGCAAUCCUGGCAGAAGGGGUGACAAAGGACCAAAGGGAGAAAAAGGAGAAAGAGGAGACGUUGGGAUUCGAGGUGACCCGGGUGACUCAGGACAGGACAGCCAGCAGAGAGGACCCAAAGGAGAGACGGGUGACAUUGGCCCCAUGGGUGUCCCUGGGAGAGACGGCGCAUCUGGAAGUCCAGGAGAGACUGGGAAGGACGGUGGCUUUGGCCGAAGGGGACCUGCAGGAGUGAAGGGCAACAGGGGCAAUCCAGGCCAGCCAGGCUUUGAAGGAGAACAAGGUACCAGAGGUGGACAGGGCCCACCUGGUCCCAUUGGUCCUCCAGGCCUGAUUGGGGAACAAGGCAUUUCUGGACCUCGGGGAGGCGCAGGUACAGCUGGGGCUCCUGGAGAACGUGGCAGAACUGGUCCCCUGGGAAGAAAGGGUGAGCCUGGAGAGCCAGGGCCAAAGGGAGGCAUUGGGAACCGCGGGCCCCGUGGGGAGACGGGAGAUGAUGGGCGAGAUGGAGUUGGAGGUGAAGGACGCAGAGGCAAAAAAGGAGAAAGAGGAUUCCCUGGGUACCCAGGACCAAAGGGUACCCCUGGUGAGCCUGGGACAGAUGGUGCACCAGGACCAAAAGGUGUCAGAGGCCGAAGGGGAAAUUCAGGACCUCCGGGGAUAGUAGGACAGAAGGGAGACCCUGGCUACCCAGGGCCAUCUGGUCACAAGGGCAACCGAGGCGACUCCAUUGAUCAAUGUGCGCUGAUCCAGAGCAUCAAGGAUAAAUGCCCUUGCUGCUAUGGGCCCCUGGAGUGCCCUGUCUUCCCGACAGAGCUUGCCUUUGCCUUGGACACCUCAGAGGGGGUCACCCAAGACAUCUUUAGCCGGAUGAGAGAUGUGCUGCUGCAGAUCGUGGGUGAUCUGACCAUUGCUGAAAGCAACUGCCCGAGGGGGGCCCGAGUAGCUGUGGUCACCUAUAACAAUGAGGUGACCACCGAGAUCCGUUUUGCUGACUCCAGGAAGAAGUCCGCCCUCUUGGACAGCAUUCAGAACCUCCAGGUGUCUCUGACAUCCAAGCAACAGAGUCUGGAGACAGCCAUGUCAUUUGUGGCCAGAAACACGUUCAAGCGUGUGAGGAACGGGUUCCUGAUGAGGAAAGUGGCCAUUUUCUUCAGCAACAAGCCCACAAGAGAGUCCCCGCAGCUGCGCGAGGCGGUGCUCAAACUCUCUGAUGCAGGAAUCACACCCUUGUUCCUUACCAGCCAGGAGGACCGACAGCUCAUCAAUGCCUUGCAGAUCAACAACACAGCAGUGGGGCAUGCACUCGUCCUGCCGGCCAGGGGGGACCUCACAGACUUUCUGAAGAAUGUCCUCACUUGCCACGUUUGCCUGGACAUUUGCAACAUUGACCCAUCCUGUGGAUUCGGCAGCUGGAGACCUUCCUUCAGGGACAGGAGAGCAGCAGGCAGCGAUGCAGACAUUGACCUGGCUUUCAUCUUGGACAGCUCAGAGUCCACCACUCUGUUCCAGUUCAACGAGAUGAAGAAGUAUAUCAGCUACCUGGUCAGGCAGCUGGACCUGAGCCCAGACCCCAAGGCUUCCCAGCACUUUGCCAGAGUGGCUGUUGUGCAGCACACACCCUACGAGUCUGCAGGCAAUGCCAGCGUGCCGCCUGGGAAGGUGGAAUUCUCCCUGAUGGACUAUGGCUCCAAGGAGAAGCUGCUUAACUUCCUCAGUAGAGGAAUGACACAGCUGCAGGGAACCAGGGCCUUGGGCAGAGCUAUUGACUACACCAUAGAGAACGUCUUUGAAAGUACACCCAACCCACGCGAUCUGAAAAUUGUGGUGCUGAUGAUCACAGGUGAGAUGCAGAAGCAGCAGCUGGAGGAGGCACAGAGAGCCAUCCUGCAGGCCAAAUGCAAGGGCUACUUCUUCGUGGUUCUGGGCAUUGGCCGGAAAGUGAACGUCAAGGAGGUGUAUGGCUUCGCCAGUGAGCCCAAUGACGUCUUCUUCAAACUAGUGGAUAAGUCAACCGAGCUCAAUGAGGAGCCUUUGAUGCGCUUUGGGAGGCUGUUGCCAUCCUUUGUCAGCAGUGAGAAUGCUUUUUACUUGUCUCCAGACAUUAGGAAGCAGUGUGAUUGGUUCCAGGGAGACCAACCAUCAAGGAAUGGUGUGAAGUUUGGUGACAAACAAGUAAACUUUCCAAACAAUGUUACUUCAAGUCCUACAUCCAAACCAGUGACCACAACAAAACCAACAAUGAUUGUAAAUCUGCCACCUGCAAGGCCAGCGCCUGCAAAGCCAGCCUCUGCAAAUUCAGCCCCUGCAAAAUCAGCUGCUGAAAAGCCAGCUCCUGCAAAUCCAGCCCCUGCAAAGUCAGCUGCUGAAAAGCCAGUCCCUGCAAAUCCAGCCCCUGCAAAGUCAGCUGCUGAAAAGCCAGUCCCUGCAAAUCCAGCCCCUGCAAAGUCAGCUGUUGAAAAGCCCAUGGCUGCCAAGCCUGUGGCCACAAACACAGCCACAGUCAGACCUGCAGUGGUGGCAAAGCCUGCAGCAGCAAAGCCUGCAGGGGCCAAGCCAGCAGUAGUGAGACCACCUGCCACUGCUGCAAAGCCAGCUGCCACCAAGCCAGAGGCUCCCAGGCCACAGGCCAAACCAGCCGCUGCCACCAAGUCAGACACUGCUAAGUCUGUAGUUAAAGCGUAUCGAGACAUCCAAGUGUCUGAAGUCACAGAGAACAGCGCCAAACUCCACUGGGACAGACCCGAGCCCCCUAGUUCUUAUUUUUAUGACCUCACUGUCACCUCAGCCCAUGACCAGUCCUUGGUUCUGAGGCAGAACCUCACAAUCACUGACCGUGUCAUUGGGGGCCUGCUGGCUGGGCACACAUAUCACGUGGCAGCUGUCUGCUACCUGCGGUCUCAGGUCAAAGCCAUCUACCAAGGAAGUUUUAGUACAAAGAAAACUCAGCCUCCUCCUGCACAGUCAUCACGGUCAGUGUCUAGUUCAGGCAUUAAUCUAGUGGUGGACAUGGAACCGUUAUCUCUUACUAAAACAGAUAUAUGUCACUUGCCGAAAGAUCCAGGAACAUGCAGGAGUUUUAAUCUGUUUUGGUACUAUGAUCCAGACACCAAAAGCUGCGGGAGAUUUUGGUUUGGAGGUUGUGGGGGAAAUGAGAACAAAUUUAAAUCACAGGAAGAAUGUGAAAAAGUUUGUGCUCCUGUGGUCCCCAAACCCAGAGUCGUCAAUGUGAUGGGAACCUAGGCGUGGCUGGCCAGCAACACUUACCUCUAGGAGAAGAAGGAGGCAGCCAUUUCCACCUGUCUUUGUAGAAGCUCGGGGCGGAUUCCCUGGCACUGUGCCAUUUCCUGCUUUGAUUGAUACUCGACCUCGGGAGGAAGCCUUCUGCCCUGCGACCUGUCAAUAUGGUGCUAUACGAGUCUGUGGACCCCACGCUCUGUCUCCAGGCAGUUCUAUCGUAUACUUUGAACUUGAUGUACUAGUUAGCCACUGCUGGUGUUUAUGUGAACAUUCCUAUAAAUCCAAAUUCCCUCUGAAGUUUCACCUUAUGCCUGUACUGGGCAAAAGUAAAGUCUACAGAAUAACCCCAAUGUCACAGCUCCUCUGUAUCCUUAUGCUCGAUUCAUUUUUCCCCUUAGUUAAGCAUGGCUUUAGUGGAGAAAGAAGAGUCCACCUUUUUCUUCCCCCCAGUUUCCUGGAUUAGGCUUCAAGCUCAUUUUCUUCUUCAAAAUCUUCUGAGAAACGGUCUAGAUAGAAUGAAGCAAACUCCUUGAUCUGUGUGCACUGUUGGGACCAACGCCUCAAUUAAGGAUUGAAAGAAAGUCAUAAUAGAGAAUAUUUUUGGCAUUCCUCAAAUGUCAUUUUUUUUUGAAUGCAGGGGUGGGGUUUAAUUUUAAAAUCUUUAGGAAAUUUAUACAAAGAAACUUUUUAAUAAAGUAUAUUGAA